AAAAAAUAAGCUUGAAUUGAGUUUUAAGUAUCAAAUUUUCAAAUAAAACCGAAUUAACCCUAAUAAUAUAUGAAGAGAUUCUGAGUCCUAAUAAAGAUUAAUAAUGCAGAAUUAUGUCACCUUUUUAUUAUAUUUUUCCAAAUACCUCAGCUUUUGGAAAUAUCUAAAACAAAAGGUUAAUAGAAAAAGUAUUUCUUUUCUUUUGUUUUCAUUCUCCUAUUGUUAAAAGAAAACAGGUUUCUUACAUUACAUAUCAUAUCUUAAGAUAUUUGUAAGUAUUUUUGUCUGCAUUAUCCUCGUUCUCUCUGCACGUUAUCUUUUGGAAAGGAAAUUCUCAACUCUCAAGCUUUCAAACUGGAAGCUCCUCUUUGUAUUCAUGCUGGUUGUUGGAAACAGUGCGCUCAACUAUGUUUAUAUUGAACCAAGAAGCCAUAGGCCUAGUUUCACAUGGGUAGCAAAGAGUUCUUCAAGUGAUGUAGCUAUUGAGAAAUGGAAACGUGAUGGUGUUUACAUUGACAAACGUGGCAAAUUGCGGACCUUUCAUCACAAAAAACUGUCCAGGAAACGAAGUGGUUCUUUAAGAGGACAAGGAUGGAAAUAUGGUUCUGGUUUUGUGGAUGGAGUUUUCCCUGUUUUGAGCCCCAUUGCUCAGCAGAUUUUGGAUUUUGUACAGAAGGAGGUUGACGCUGAUAGAGUUUGGGGUUCUCUUGAUAAUCUUUCUCCCACUCAUACUACUUGGGAUGAUCUUAUUAAUGUAGCUGUUCAACUUCGUUUGAAUAAAAAAUGGAAUCCAAUUGUGCUGCUUUGUGAAUGGAUAUUGCACAGGAGCUCCUUUCAGCUGGAUGUUAUGUGCUUCAAUUUGCUCAUAGAUGCUUAUGGACAGAAGUCUCUAUACAAGAAAGCGGAAUCUACAUACUUAGAACUUCUCGAGGCUCGAUGUGUACCAACCGAAGAUACUUAUGCCCUUCUUAUCAAGGCCUACUGCACAGCUGGGCUGAAACAAAAAGCUGAAGCUGUCUUUGCCGAGAUGAGAAAGUAUGGCCUUCCCCCAAGUGCAGUUGUUUACAAUGCUUAUAUUGAUGGGUUGAUGAAAGGAGGAAAGUCUCAAAAAGCUAUAGAAGUCUUUCAGCGGAUGAAGAGAGAUGGCUGCCAACUAUCUACUGAAACUUACACACUGAUGAUCAACUUAUACGGGAAGGCAAGCAAAUCGUAUAUGGCCCUGAAAUUAUUUGAUGAAAUGAGAAGUCAAAAGUUUAAACCAAAUAUCUGCACAUACACUGUUUUGAUGAAUGCUUUUGCUAGGGAGGGACUCUGUGAGAAGGCUGAAGAGAUUUUUGAGCAGCUUCAAGAAGCUGGGCAUGAGCCUGAUGUGUAUGCUUACAAUGCCCUCAUGGAAGCUUACAGUCGUGCAGGUUAUCCUUACGGGGCAUCAGAAGUGUUUUCACUCAUGCAGCACAUGGGGUGUGAACCAGACAGAGCUUCCUUUAAUAUCAUGGUUGAUGCAUACGGUAGAGCUGGUCUUUAUGAGGAUGCUGAAUCGGUAUUUGAAGAGAUGAAGCGGCUAGGAAUAACCCCAACGAUGAAAUCUCACAUGCUACUCCUAUCUGCCUACUCUAGAGUUGGCAAUAUAGCUAAGUGUGAGAAUAUUGUAAACCAAAUGCACAAAUCUGGACUUGAACCAGAUACCUUUGUCCUCAACAGUAUGUUGAACCUGUAUGGCCGGUUAGGCCAAAUUGAAAACAUGGAGAAAGUUUUAAUUGCAAUGGAAAAGGGACCAUAUAAAGCUGAUAUUAGCACGUACAACAUUUUGAUCAAUGUUUAUGGACGGGCUGGAUAUUUUGAGAGAAUGGAAGAGCUAUUCCAGUUGCUUCCUGCCAAGAAUUUGACACCUGAUGUGGUGACCUGGACUUCACGACUUGGAGCCUACUCUAGAAAGAAACUAUAUACAAGAUGCUUGGAAAUUUUUGAGGAAAUGAUUGACGCUGGCUGUUACCCAGAUGGAGGAACUGCCAAGGUACUUCUCUCAGCAUGUUCUAGUGAUGAUCAGAUAGAGCAGGUUACUACAGUGAUUAGAACAAUACACAAGGACGUGAAGACUGUUUUGCCAAUUUGAAUGAAUACUGCCUGUUAAGUAGAUCACAUUCAAAUAUAUAUCUGUGCAGUUUUUUUGUAUCUUCCUUUACUACUUGAUAUGACAGGCGUCCAUGUAUUCACAAAAGUAAAUUGCUGUAUAUGUCACAAACUGAAAGUAGAUUCUCAUGAAAUGUGUAAAUAACAGAUACGAAUUGCAUGCUGUCCAAUAUAUCUCAAAUGCCUAUAUAGGCAUAUGCAUCAUACCCUGCUAUACUACUGAAUUGAAAUGACUGCUGAUACCUCAACUUUCAAGCUUUCCGAUUUACAUAUUCAUUGCCUUGUCAAACAGUAAACGAUUGUUAUGCAAAAACAGUAAAUGAUUGUUAUGCAAAUUACCUUAAAUUAUAUGCAUGAGGGAACAUAAAGAAUGAUAAAAAGGGAAUGAAAGGAAGUAAAUGGAGGGUAGCUCUGCAUUCACCGGAAAACAAUAAUCUAGUGAGAAACAUUUAGACACUAGACAUGAUAGCAAAUAGAAAUCACAUGGAAAAGGGCUACUCAUGGACUGGAUGCUCUUUGGGGAGGACAGAUGGACAACUUUGUUGAUACAAUGUUAAAGUUAUAUGGUAAAGCUAUUAUAUCUACAGAGUUGAAAAGAAUAUAGCAUUGUUUGAGUUUUAGGAGGAA